UGUUUUCUCUCUCUCUCUUUCUUGGUGAUCCCUUACUAUGAUAUAAACCCACACUCACACACUCAAGAUAAUCUCUCAUAUAUGCAUGUCUCCCAAGUGAAAAAAAUGGAGCUGCUAGCCAUUGCAACACUCUGUAUUCUCUCCCUUUUGGUUACAACCUCUGCUUCUUAUGAAACUAAAGUUUUUUCAUCUCUUGACCAAGUUCAUGAUCUGGGUAUUUCUCUUACCAACUUGCCAAGGAAGAUGAGACCAGUUGAGGAACCAUCCAUUGUUAAAAGAUUCAAGGUUGAGGACUCAAAACCAGAAGCUAACAACAAAGAAGUCUUUUCAGGUAAUGUACAAAGUCAAGUGAUGUUAAACGGCAAAGAAGGGACAAGACAGAGAUGGAUGGAGAAGAAGGAGAUGUGGCAGUUUUUCACAAUGGAUUAUAGCCACGUAAGACGUAGACAACCAGUACAUAACAAGGCUUUGCCAACUAGACCCUGAAAACUAGAGCCUCUGAUUCUGGUAAGGAAACCCAACAACCCUUUUUUUGAGGGAACUACGUACGUACCG